CGUGUGCCGUGGCAGUGGUGUGGUGUGGGUGGACUGUGAUGCGCCGUGCGGUGUGUAAUAUUUCUCAAUGUAAAUUUGUCGUUCUCUCGUUAGACACGUACAAUGGGCAUAUUAGAGAAAAUAUCAGAAAUUGAAAAGGAAAUUGCACGGACGCAAAAGAACAAAGCCACCGAAUAUCACUUAGGAUUGUUAAAAGCGAAGCUCGCAAAGUACAGAUCGCAGUUGUUAGAGCCACCAAAAAAAUCUGAGAAGGGAGAAGGAUUCGAUGUGUUAAAAUCAGGGGAUGCGAGGGUAGCUUUGAUAGGUUUUCCUUCGGUCGGAAAGUCUACUUUGUUGAGUACUCUGACGCACACGGAAUCCGAAGCCGCAUCUUACGAAUUCACGACGUUGACGUGUAUACCUGGUGUCAUCGAAUACAAAGGAGCCAACAUACAGCUCCUCGAUCUUCCUGGAAUAAUCGAAGGUGCUGCACAGGGGAAGGGAAGAGGCAGGCAAGUGAUAGCUGUCGCAAGAACGGCAGAUUUGGUUCUCAUGAUGUUAGACGCUACCAAGCAAGAUGUACAGAGGCAACUGUUAGAAAAAGAAUUAGAAUCGGUCGGUAUAAGACUUAACAAAAAGAAGCCAAACAUAUAUUUUAAAAUAAAGAAAGGAGGCGGACUGGCGUUUAAUUCGACGUGCCCGUUGACGAAAGUCGAUGAGAAAUUAGUUCAAAUGAUCUUGCAUGAGUAUAAAAUUUUCAAUGCCGAGGUCCUGUUUCGCGAAGAUUGCAGUGCGGACGAAUUAAUCGACGUGAUCAAUGCCAACAGAGUAUAUUUACCAUGCCUUUAUGUACAUAACAAAAUAGAUCAAAUAUCUAUAGAGGAAGUGGACAGGAUCGCGAGGCAACCUAACAGCGUAGUGGUUAGUUGUAAUAUGAAAUUAAAUUUGGAUUUCCUUCUUGAAACGCUAUGGGAAUAUUUAUCUUUGAUAAGAGUUUACACUAAGAAGCCUGGGCAACCGCCUGAUUUCGACGACGGUUUGAUAUUAAGGAAAGGAGUCACCGUGGAACACGUGUGCCAUGCGAUACACCGUACGCUCGCUCAACAAUUCAAAUAUGCUCUCGUAUGGGGAACGAGUACCAAGUAUUCGCCUCAACGAGUAGGCCUGCAGCACGUUAUGCACGACGAAGACGUUAUUCAAGUAGUUAAGAAAUAAAGUUCAUGUCACGGCAGAUCUGUGAAAAUCUGGAUGACCAGAGGUCGGAUGAUGCUCGGCUCGGUUAUUUCGACAAAAAUUUCUGUUUUCUCAUCAUUAAAUAUUUUAUACAUAAUUGCUUUUCUAAUUAUAAGAAAAACGAUUGGAUUUUAAACGAUCGAUUUCAAUUACGUUCCGCUUAUACCGUUUACUAGUGUGAAAAGUUUAUACUUAUAACUACAUGUUACAUUUUCUAGAAAGUUAAAGGCUAGAAUAGCUUAAGUACAAUUUUUAAUAAAUAUUCGUAUGAAAACGAUCGGAUCGUGAGAACGCAGUAUUGUUUAAUAAUCGUGUAACACUCGUGUAUAGCCUUGACAAUACAUCUGAACAGUUGCUGCAGA